UUUGCCCUUGUUAUUUCUACCAAAUCGUAUGUUUCUGCUAUCGAUAAAAUCCAGAUCGAAAGUCGAAACCCUUAAAUUCUUCAUUUCUUCUCUUCCUCUGAUUCAUAAACUCUAUCCUGUUAGAUCGGAUUUUCGGUUUGAUUAACUACUAUCUUCCAUUAUCCUCUUUCUCUGAUUCGAUUUCAAGCUCGAUCGACUACUCUCCGUCUCUGUGAAGGAGUUGAGAUGGCGACGGCAGUGGAUAAUUAUAACCCACCGCAAUCAAACAAGGUUCGAUGGGGUGAGCUCGAUGAGGACGAUGGAGAGGAUCUGGACUUCCUUCUUCCACCUCGUAUGGUGAUUGGACCGGACGAGAAUGGCUUGAAAAAGGUCAUUGAGUACAAGUUCAAUGAAGAUGGCCACAAAGUUAAGAUCACCACUACCACUCGAACUCGAAAACUAGCUAAGGCUCGACUCAGUAAGCGAGCCCUUGAACGACGGUCUUGGCCUAAGUUUGGUGAUGCCGUGCAUGAAGAGGUCGGUAGCAGGCUCACCAUGGUUUCCACCGAGGAGAUUCUACUUGAGAGACCUAGGGCUCCUGGGAGCAAACCUGAAGAAACAAAAGUUGCUGGAGACCCCUUGGCACAGCUUGGGAAAGGUGGUGCUGUUCUCAUGGUAUGCCGUACAUGUGGCAAGAAGGGUGACCACUGGACAUCAAGGUGCCCUUACAAGGAUCUUGCUGCUCCAUCUGAAGGCUUUGUUGACAGGCCUACUGCAUCAGAAACUACCGCACCUGCUUCUGGUGCAGGCAAGGCAGCCUAUGUUCCUCCUGGCAUGAGAGGUGGUGCAGAGAGAGGCAGCGCUCCUGACAGGCGCAGGAAUGAAGAAAAUUCGGUUCGGGUUACUAAUCUUUCAGAGGAUACACGUGAACCUGACUUGCUUGAGCUCUUCCGUACCUUUGGUCCUGUGAGCCGUGUUUAUGUUGCUGUUGACCAGAAGACUGGCGUUAGCCGAGGAUUUGGUUUUGUCAACUUUGUGAACAAGGAGGAUGCUGAGAGAGCUAUCAACAAGCUGAAUGGUUACGGAUAUGACAAUCUCAUCCUUCGAGUUGAGUGGGCUACACCAAGGUCGAAUUAGAAAGUUUAUAAUCAGGAAUUAAUGACAAAAUCAGUUGACAGUUUUGAUUGAGAUCUGAUUUGAAGUAAUUGGCACCAAUUGUUUUUGUUCUUGAGGGUUUUCUUAUUGCAUUAUUAGCAUUGUUAGCAUUGUUAGCAUUUGUUUUUUAUGAUGAGAAAACGUCAAAUGCAUUAGAAAGGGGAAUUAAAUCUUUCAGGAA